GGCAAAGCUCGAGCUCGCGCCGCCGACGGAGGAGACGACGCACCUGGUGACCGCGAGCGUGUGCGCCGCCUUCGUGGGGGGGAUCGCGCUCGCGCUCGCUUUACAGGCGUUGUACGGGCCGAUUUGCAAAAUCAUGUUGGUCCCGAACGAGGUGGAGGCUUUGCUGAGGAUGUACACCGUGUUUCGAUGCGUCGGUUUGCCGAUGUUCGCCGCGGCGAACGCCCUCGAGGGCGCCUUCUUGGGGCGCAAAGACGCCCUGACGACGAUGUGGGUAUGGUUAGCAUCGGGUGUCAUCACCGCCGGGUUACAGGUCUUGUACAUCACGCCAGGCAUGGGGGCGACGUCCGCCGUGCUCUUCGCGGGCAUCGCCCUGACGACUGGGCAGGCGUACAGUUUCGCGAUGUUCUCCAUCAUCGCGCGUCGUCGUGGAUUCCUCGUGCUUCGCAGCGUCUUCGAGGUCGCCGAAACCUUCUCUCAGAGCGCGAAGCGAGCGUUCAAGAAGUUGGUCGACGCCGAAAUUAUUAGCGAAGUCGCCUGGUUGGUGCUCAAUGCGACGGCGAGGAUGACGACGUACAUGAUCCUCACCACGUUCGCGACGCAGUUCGGCGUGGUUCCUGCGGCGGUGAAUAAAACACUGCUGGAUAUUUAUAUUUUAUUGGGUCUGUGCGCUGAGCCCGUGUUCACGGUCGGAAACGUGUUGUUACCUCGAAAGCGGGACAAUCCCGAGGACGUCGCGAUCACGCGGCGAGCGCUCUUUUCCAUCGCGUUGUUCAUGGGGCUCACCCUAGGCGUGGCCGCAUACAUUGCGUGUGGAUCCGCUGUGCUGUUUGAUGAUCCCCGAUCGCUGGAGAUGGCGAAGAAUCUGCGCGUCGUCGUCGCCGUCACCAUCGGUUUCUCCACCGCGGCGUACGCCACGGACGGGUGCGUCAUCGGCACCGGCGACGCAAAGUUCGUCGGUACCGCGCAGUUGGUCAACAUAGCCAUAUUUAUAGCCGGGUUCAUCUUUUUGCAGCGCUCUUACGGCGCCGCGAUGUCGCUGCAACACGUUUGGAGCGCGUUGCUCGCGUUCCAGGCGCUCCGACUCGUCGAGCACGCGUGGAAGAUUCGCGAGGACGAGCACGCGCUCGGGCUAGCCAUCCGAGGCUGA